GCCGCAGCUACUCGCUCACUUACUUACUUAGCUCUCCACUCAUCAGCACAUCCAGUUGCACACCGUCGCCAUGUCUGGACUCGAGAAGGCGCUUUUCAAUCUGAAGUUCACAGCAAAGCAACUUAACCGCCAGGCAGCCAAAGCCAGCAAAGAUGAGCAGACCGAGAAAGCGAAACUGAAAAAGGCAAUCUCGCAAGGCCACAACGACAUAGCAAAAAUCUACGCCGGAAAUGCGAUCCGAAAGAAGAAUGAGAACCUACAACUCCUGACUCUGGCAAGCCGAAUCGAUGCCGUGAGUUCGAGAGUGCAGACCGCCGUGACGAUGCGCCAAGUCACGGGGAGUAUGGCGAAUGUGGUCAAGGGGAUGGAUCAGGCGAUGAAGAGUAUGGAUUUGGAGAAGAUCUCCGCCGUGAUGGACAAAUUCGAAACACAAUUCGAAGACCUCGAUGUCGCGACGGGAUACUAUGAGAACGCGACGAGUUCGGCCACUGCGACGGGGACUCCGCAGGAGGAUGUCGAUCGUCUGAUGAAUCAGGUUGCGGAUGAGGCGGGUGUGGAGUUGAGUCAGGAGAUGGCUGGGGCUACGCCUGCGAAGGGGAUACAGGCUCCGGCGCAGCAUGAGGAGGAGAGGGAGGAUAAGUUGGGGGAGAGGUUGAGGGCGCUGAGGAGUUGAGGGGUGGAAAGAGGAGUUGACGUGCAGAAAGUGUAGAUGUGAAAGUGAAUGAAGAUGAGCUGCUUGAGGAGCGAUACCUAGGAUAUAUGAUUUUACGAUUGGAAUGAAACAUUUCAUGCAAGCCGAUCAUGGCAGCAAUACCUGCCACCAUUUCUACGUUAACCGCCCCUGGUCGUCGCGUCACGGGGCUUGGUCGUCGAACUGCAAGCAGAGCUUCUCAAGCGUCACCUAAUGUCUUCACGAAGCACAGCUUUCGGGACGCGUUGGAAGCACAUUGGCCGAAAGAGGAGAAGCUGUGUCCAUCAGACCAUCAAGCCAUCAAGCCCCAAUUCUUGCCAAGAUGAAGAGCUCCAUCGCGUUUCACAGCUACAGCCGAGUCGAGACCACAGCCACAUUCGGUGACGACGUAAAAACUCAGAGUGGACGAUGUAGCCACGUGUAUUUGACGUAGCUUCAAUGUCGAGACAAGUUAAGAAACAAAUAUUGCUCGUAGGGACUGCGAAGAAGCGUUAAUUCCCACGCAGACGUCACAUCUGUCAUACUUAGCCUGCG